CUAGCUGUUUGUCAGUACACAGGAGUCCUCUUGCACCCCACUACCACAUACAGACGAUACAACCAUGAGAGAGUUCAAGAGCAAGGAUUUCUGGAGGGCUGUUUUGGCCGAGCUGGUGGGCAUGACGCUUUUUAUAUUCCUUAGUUUGUCUACAGCUAUAGGCAACGUCAACAACAGUAACCCGGACCAGGAGGUGAAGGUGGCGCUGGGCUUCGGGCUCGCCAUCGCCACCCUGGCUCAGAGUUUGGGGCACAUCAGCGGGGCGCACCUGAACCCCGCCGUCACGCUGGGGAUGCUCGCGAGUUGCCAGAUAAGCGCCUUCAAAGCGGUCAUGUACAUCAUAGCGCAGAUGUUGGGGUCGGCGUUGGCCAGCGGGAUCGUCUACGGGACCAAACCCAACACGACGGCCGCUCUGGGCCUCAAUUCUCUGGCCGGUGUAACUCCCAGCCAAGGCGUGGGCAUCGAGCUGCUGGCCACGUUCCAGUUGGUGCUGUGUGUCAUCGCGGUGACUGAUAAAAGGAGGCGUGAUGUCACAGGCUCUGCUCCUUUAGCCAUUGGCCUGUCCGUGUGCCUGGGUCAUCUGGCUGCGAUAAGCUACACGGGCUGCGGCAUCAACCCGGCGCGCUCUUUUGGGCCAGCGGUGAUCCUCAAUGAAUUCACAAACCACUGGGUGUACUGGGUGGGUCCCAUGUGCGGAGGCGUGGCGGCAGCGCUCAUCUACGACUUCCUCCUUUAUCCCAAAGACGAUUUCCCCGAGCGCAUGAAGGUCCUGGUGAGCGGACCCAUCGGAGACUACGACGUCAACGGGGGAAACGACGCGACAACCGUUGAGAUGACCUCAAAAUAACCACUCCUCUGCCAUAUUGUACAUAUAUAUGAUCUUGUAAAAUACAUUGAAUUUAGUGUCAGUUGUGUUUUUUUGUAUAAUGAAGUGUCCUCUUUUGUCUAACGGCUGAGAAUCAAAAGAGUGGAAGUGGAAUUUUGGGCAGAAAAAUUACAAUUGACAGUGUUACAAAGAACUAUUGGAGUAAAAUAUGUUUAGUUUUUUUCAAUAUUACAACAAAUUCAUUUAAAUGUUUAGUUUUUUCAAUGUAAACUGACACAUAUUCUCAUUUAUUUUAACAUCUAAACUUCUGUCACUCAAGUUAUGGCAUUUUUGAUGAAGGAAUUUUCCAAACAAUAAACCUUAUUUUUGUUUGAAUGUGAAAAUGUGUCAACUGCCAUCGAAUUUCAAAAAUUACAAUAUUUAGUAAUUGAAUUUUAGUUUAAACUGAUUUUUUUUCUGUUUCUAGAAUGCCACUUGCACCUUUUGAAUUCUCAACCUUAUUUUUUUCUUAUGCAUUUGAACUGCGACUUAACCCUUCGCUGCCAUCAGUAUUCUCUAUUGAGCCAUGUUUUUGUAUUAUUCAUAUAUAAAUGUGUUUAUCACUAAAGAAUGUGUUUGUGCACUCCUGAAAUGCCUCACUUUUAUAAAUAAAUAAAACACAUUGUUAUAUAUUUAUAUCAAA